ACCCACACCCACACCCACACCCACACCCACACCACACCCACACCCACACCCACACCCACACCCACACCCCCACCCACACCCCACACCCACCCCCCUCAUGCGGUGUUAUAAACAGAAAAGAGAAAAUGAUAGGUCAGCAGAGAAUGAAAAGAUCAAGGAGUACAUUUAUUGCAAGACGAAUGCCCACGCAAAUGAAUAUAUAGUGUUACUUUCUAGUAAAAAUUGAAUUGCAUCGAAUGUCUCAAUUAGUAUAAGUUCUUAAUCUCCUGCCUUCUUGAUAUUCAAAUUUUUGAAUUAAUAAAUAAAAAUGGAUGAACUUGUCGAAUAGCUUGAACAUCAAUUCUAUCUGAUAUAAAUAUAUCACAAUCGAAACGACGUAAACAUGGCACAUGUUUAGGAAGAAUAUCAACCAAUUGAGUAAAAUCAAAUGGUAUAAUCGAGAGAUCACCUGAUAGAAUACGCCAUGAGAUAAGAUUGGGUAAAUAUAUGACGACGAAAGUAACGUAUCAAUUGUAUGAGUAGUCCAUGCUGGUUUCUCUAUUUCGAUUGAUAAAUGUUUGAGAUAAUAAUGAACAAACGAAGAUAAAUAAGGAGUAUUAGCAAAGUCAGAAAUAUAGAGUGAAAGACGUUUUAAAUUGGAAUAAGAUGUAAGAAUAGACGUUAUUAAAGAUUCACCAUAGCAAACAUUAAUUGAAUGUAGUGAUGGCAUUAUUCUCCAUGAAAAUAUAGGUGGUGAAUUAAUAUUACUUAAGAUACAUUGGUGAAGAAAUGGAAAUUUAUUUGAAUAUAUAUGUUCAUCUAACAAUGAUAGAUCAUCCGAGCUUACGUUCAGAAAAGUUAAAUCAAUAUGACAAAAUGUUGAUUCGAGAAGAUGUCGAAUUUGAAUAUCAAUUGCAUAAACACAAAUUAAUGAAUGUACAUUAGGAAAUUAUUUUAAAUCAACCUCGUAUUCAUCACUUAUAUCCAAUGCAACAGUAAUAGAGGCAAAAAACUAUGUUCCUUUCAAUAUUUUCUUGUUCAAUAGUCGACCAAAGGCGAUGGCUACAAUUGUUGAGUAAUUGAAGAAUAUUAUAAAUUCGUUUAUUUAAUCCUUUGAUUGGUUGAUAAAGAUCAUACAGAGAUAAAUAAUCAAAUAUUUCAACAAAAACUUCAUUUCGAAAAGAUUCAAGUUAUAUACAGUCGCUUAUCUCAUGAUUUUUGUUAUCACAUAAUAAAAUACAUCAUCUAUAUUACCGACAAUGGUGAUAUGAGUCAGCACUAUUUGGUUAGUUUUUUCUUUCUUUCUUUUCAUUUUUUGUCUCAUUUAUGACACGUAGACAACAGAAAGAAGAAAAAAAAACAUGGUUGUCAGAGACAUUGUUUUUUGUAUUUAAGCUGUUGUACCACACUUUUCGCUGCUGAAUGAUGAAUCAGGAUUAAAACUGAGUCAUUUAUUUAUUGCAACGUUAAUAAAUUUAAAUCAUGUAUCGAAUUUAGAAUUUGACUUUUUUUUUAUACAUUCAAUAUGAAAUGUUCUUUUAUAUUUUCUUUCAAGAUUUAUAUAUUUAUUGUCAAGGUAAUAUGAGUGAUUAUACUACUAUACACUUCAGUCUUCUUGAGCAUUUACCUGAUGAAUUAUUACUCGAUUUGUUCGAACAAUAUAUAUCAGUUGUUGAUUUGUAUCGUGGCUUUUUGAAUUUAAAUCAACGUAUCAAUGGUCUUUUGAAAUCUCUCGAUAAAAUCAAAUAUAGCCUAUCAUCGAACUCAUGGGAAAUUGCUACUCCUUACAUUUCUUCUCGCAUCGUUCGUUUGGUUAUCUCACACCCAUUUCCAUUUUCUCUCAAUCCAUUUAUUAAUUUACGUUCACUCACACUCAAAAAAGCAAAUAAUGAUCAAUUUCAGAAAAUCUGUUCCGGUUUUAUUUCACCUUAUUUAACCUAUCUUCGAUUGAUAUUACUAUUCAAUCAUGAAGUUUUAAAUCACAGCAACACUUUCAUUAAUCUUUUUUCUAAUCGAUUCAAAUUUCUUCGAAAAUUGUGUAUCUUAGGCAAAAUGAAUAUACCUCCUACGACAUUAUCAGCAUGUUCGAGUACACCUUCACUUCGUUCGAUUAGUAUUAAUAUUUCUAAAAAUUUAUAUUUAUACUCAACGAUACUUUCUACUUGUCCAAAUCUGGUUCGUCUUGAAUUGCGUGUCUCAUUUAUAAAUAUCUCUCUUGAUUUUUAUCAACAUUCAAAUCUUAAAUAUUUACGUCUUCAACUCAUGGAUAGUAAUUGGUCAUUUCAUACCUUUAAACAUUUUCUUUCAUGCGUACCCACUGUGGAACGACUUGUCAUACAACGAUUUAGACCAAAUACUGAUGACAAUGGUCUUCGUUUAGAUCAUAUACGUUUUGCACAAAUUCUUACUCAAUAUUUACCUCUUCUUCAUCAAUUUGAUUGUGAUAUUUUAUUUGAUAGCAGCAAGUUUGCAAUCAAUAUUAGUCAUAUUCAUCAACUUCAUUCAUAUUUUACUCGUAUUCAAAUUGAACAUCAACAAAAUGGAAUUGUUCGCCUUUUUACCACCAUUUGA